AAUAUGGACAAGUUGUUUCAAUAAUAUGAUUGAAAAUUAAAAAACAUAAAAUUGCAAUGUGAAAGUGGUGGCUGGAAAAUUGUCGAGGCUGACUGCACUCAGGUGAAAGUGGAAGCCCAAAGCAAGGGAGGGACGGCAUCUUGCUGAUUUUGCAAAAAUUGUCCCUAUGGAUUAUAAAUUACAAGUGAAAAUCUAUGCUGUUAAAAUUGAGGAGAUAAAAAGGCAAUAACAAUCUGACCAGAUUCUGAGGUUGCGGAACUGAUCGAGGACGAAGUAUUGGAUCAGGAUGAAUAAGUUUACUAGAGUUUUUGGAAAAUCGACAUGGAAAAGUUUAUCAACCUUCAAUCCAUUGUCCUGGUGUAAUAAGUUAAACAGCAGUUUUCAAAAAUAUAUCAGUGGGGUUUCAAUGAACAUCAACGAAAGAAAUAAUUGUAAGGGGAUCAGCGCCUGUCAGUUUGCAAACAUUAAACAAACUAGGAGAUGCAACAGUACAUUUGGCUGUGAAGAAAAUCCAGAAAGGGGUGUUGUGAAUCUUUUAGGAAAACGAGGGAACUGCUGUCCAGAGAAAUGCAACCAGUUGCCACCCCCACGUUGCAUGAGACUAAAGGCACCCCCUUGCCCUCCUGUAAAGCCUUGCCCACCUCCGCCACCACCAAAAUGCUGCCCUCCACCACCACCAUUAAUGGAGUGUUGCCCACCCCCUGUUAAAUGCCCGCUUCCGCCACCCCCACCCCCAAUAUGCUGUCCACCUCCUCCUCCUAAGCCAUACCUGCCACCACCUCAACCAAAAUGUUGCCCAAUGCCUGUUCCAGCAUGUCCCUCUCCACCUCCAAUGAAAAAUUGCCCACUACCUUGUCCACCACCUCCUCCACCUCAGAAAUGCUGUCCACCUAAACUCCCACCUGUACCUCCUCCAUGCCCUAAAUGCCCUCCACCACAACCUACAUUAUGUUACCCUCCUCCUCCCAACCUUAAGUGCCUCCCUGUGCCUUGCCCUCCUCCACCAGCACCACCACCAAAAUGUUGCCCUCCACCUCCUAAAUGCUGUGUUCCACCACCGCCUCCAAAGUGCUGCCCGCCUCCACCACCAUGCUGCAAACCUCCAAAAGACCCACCAUGCCAACCACCUCCAUGUUGCUCUUCUUAACCAACAAACUUAAAUAAAAAAAAUGUAAAACUAUUUUA